AUGAUCCUCAAAAAUGAAAUUUUUUCAUCACAAAAUAGUGUCGAUGAAAUUAGUGGUGGCCCUAAUAUCAUUGUGACACAACACCAUCACAACCCACAGCACCACCACAACAAUCAUCACCACAACCAUCAUCAUCACCAAGCUGCUUCGAAUACGUCCAGCAGUAGCACAAGCAACAAUGGUACUCAAAUACCCUCAUCCUACUUGAGCCAAUUCCAAAUACAGCCCUCGUCCUCGACAGGCUCCUAUAUGUACAAUGGCGGCACAAACAACAAUAACAGUAAUAGUAAUAGUAGUAGCAGUGGUGGUGGAGGCGGUAACAGCAGCAACAACAACGGGAUCUUUGAACAGCCACAGCAUAUGUUUGUCUUUAACCAACAACAAUUCCAACCCCCUGGCCUCACCUCCUCGUCCUCGUCUAUCUACCAACAACAGCAACAGCAACAACAACAACAUAGAAAAUCAAUAAUAGGCAAUGCUUCAAACAACUCUACACCAUCGGUCGUCGCAGCUGAAACAUAUUUUUCCCCUCAGCCUUCUUCGACAAACUCAUCCUCUAUCACUCCUUCCUCUUCUUCAUCUUCUGUAAUUAAUAAUAAUAACCCUAAUAAUAAUAAUACUAACAAUAAUAAUAAUAAUAAUAAUAAUAAUAAUAAUUUAUACAAUAAUAAUAGUUCUACCACUGGUUUAAUUAAUAGUGGGUCUCUUUCACCUCCCCAACCAUCUCAACAACAACAACAACAACAAUCGACGAUCUUUUUCCAUCACCACCAUCACCCAUACCACAACAUGUCGUCUCCAGGGUCACCUACAAAUAUGUCGUCACCGCCAGAUUUCCAACUUUCAAGUAGUGGCGGUUCACCACCACCUCCCCCACAACAAUCAUCAAGCUUGGUCAUUUCCGUCAACAACAACAAUAAUAUAGUGAAUUCACCACCAGCAGCUGACCACUCGACCGCUUUUAUGCAUUCACCGGGAUCGUCGGAUGCCAUCCCCGCCUCUGCCUCGGUUUCACCCACUAAAUCCACCACUGGGGGUGCCAUUGUUGUGACCACGCCAACCACCUCGACCACGUCCACUUCUUCUACAUCGUCGGUCGGCACCACCAAGGCCAAGCCAAACCGUUCGCCCACCUCUUUGGCACGCCGUCGUGAACAACAUCGAGAGCAUGAGCGUCAAAGACGACUCAAGCAAAAGCAGUUGCUGUCAUCGGCCAACGAGCUCAAAUCAGAGAACCAAAACCUGUUGUGCAUUAAUAACAAGUUGAAAACCGAAAAUCACUCACUCCAAAAUGGCUACCAAUACAUAGCGUUGCAGUUGCAAGACGCAAUCUACAACAUUUCAUGUCUGACCAACGAGAAUCAAAUGCUUAAAAAGGAAUUGGAUGCUCUUAAAUUACAACAACAAAUGACUGUAGUCAAUCAACAUCAACAACAGCAUCAUCACUAUCAACAACAACCACAACAUAAUGGGUAUGAUCAUCAACAACACCAACAACAACAACCACACCAUGUACAUGUUCAACAAAUCAACCAAAUGAAUCAACUCACUAUUAAAAAAGAGCCAACUUCACCUCAUUCACCAAACUCGUCAUCGGAUCACCAAUACCAACAACAGCAACAGCAACAGCAACAACAACAACAACAUCACCACAUUUCUCCGGUAAAGUCAGAACAACAUCUGCCAAAUAGUAUUACCAAUCCUGUAGCAAUAACCCAAACCAUCAUCUCUUCCUCUUCGACGGGCUCCAACAUUACGCCAACCUCCCCACCAAUCAAUUACCCAUAUUGGAGUAACUUUCAACCACAACAACUCAUCCCAUCACCACCGCCACAAACUCAUUCCCAAAUCAUUGGAGGUAAGAAUAAUAACAAUUAUAAUUGA